UUAUAAUUAUUGGAUUCAAAAUGGUCCAAAAUUUGGAAGAUAUGACAAUAAACUCCACAGAUUAUAAUGUUACGAAUUCGUCAUGCGACGAAGAUAAUUGUACAACUGUUGAUCCACAAACUACAAUUAUCAUAGAAAAUACCGAACGUACUACACUAAAUACCACGGAAAUUCCAAAUGUAACCACGACAAUUAGUCCACAAAAUGAUACAAAAUCACCAGUUUCGAAUACGACAAAAAAAAAACAUUCUUUGUUUCGCCGAAAAUCUUCCUGUGAUUGUGAUCUUAUGGAUCAGUAUUGUGAUUUAAAUUGUUGUUGCGACAGUGAAUGCUCCGAAGAACAUUUCAAUUUAUUUUCAAAAUGCAUGGAGCCGGUUUCAAAUCAAAAGUCGCGAUUAAACUAUUGUACCACAGAGAAUUGGAUAUGGAAAAAUAAUACAGAAAGUAAAAUAGAAAUUACAUCAAAUGGGUUAUUUUGUAUUUAUAAGGAUAAUUUACCGCCAACCGUAUUUUAUGGUCAAUCAUAUAAAAUAAAUAGCCCUAAAGAAAUUUUAGAUUUGACAAAUAGAAACAAUAAAUGGGUAAGAAAAGGUUUGGAACAAAUACCAAAUGAUAUACAAAUCAUGUUAAAAGAUAAAUAUCGGCAUGGGUCAUCAAUUUUAUGCGUUGAAAAUGGAACUAUCAACUUUUUAGAAAAUAAUACGGUAAUAGAUUAUUCAAUAAUGCGUAGUGGAAAUCCAGGAUAUUUACAAGGAUAUCCAAUUUUAAUUGGUGAACUAAAAAGCUAUGCAUUAUUAAAUGAAACAUACUUACCAGAAUUUGAAAAAUUUAUAAAAAUUUGUAUGAAAAUUCAAGAACAAAUUUGGGAAAUAUGGACAAUAUAUAACACAACCGCAAAAACCUUUAAGUACAAUAAAUACUUUGGAGUUUAUGGAAAUGCAAAUCGUUCCAAUCUAAACGAAUGGAAAACUGUUUUAUAUGACAACACACCUUUACUCACUCAACAAAAUACUGAUUCAGGGGAAAUAAAAUGUUUUUCAUUAGUUACAACAUUACAAAUAGAAAUUUUAUACGAACGUAUACCGCAGAAAAUGGACACAAAACGUAGUGUAAAAAUUUUAGCAAUUUAUUAUAAUUUUUUAACAACGGAAGACUAUGAAAUGAAACAAAUCAAGAGUGGAGGAAAUAUUCAUAUUGAAUUAAAAUCAAAUGUAAUGUUUUACGAUUUAACUAAUUAUCAUUACGAUCAAUUGAAAUUUGCUUCAGCACCAACAUUUGAUUUACAUUUACCAAAUGAUUUUUUCUAUCCAUUUUUAUUAAAUUCUGGACAUCGAAUCUUCACUAAUCAAAUAUUUAUUAUUUAUUAUUUGGCAAUAGCUUGUUCAAUACCAAAUAUUCAUAAAAAUUAUUUUUGUACUACUAAAUUGAUAGAAUAA